AGAUGGAUCCCUUUCACGUCCCUGCAGCUGCAGCUGCCAUCUUCUGCUCAGCCAUGCUUCUCCUCACUCUCCUCUCUGGCACCACCACAAGCGCCCAAAAGACCACAACGCCCUCGUUAGCGUCAACGUCCUGUGAGCCGGCGGCAUGCGGUGGCCUCCGCAUCGCGUACCCAUUCUGGCUUAGCGGCACCCACCCGCCGGAGUGCGGCUACCGGGCCUUCCAGGUCACGUGUGACCGCAACGGCACGGCCUCCCUCGAGAACUCCAUCUGGGCGUACCAGAUCUUGGAGAUCUCUUACGAUGACAACACCUUCAGGGUCACCAACCACGAUCUCUCCGACGGCACCUGCGACAUCGAGCUCCAAGUGAAUGCCUCCUCCGACCUCGGCCUCGCGCCCUUCGGCAUCAGCCCCGACAACCAGGAGCUCUUUUUCCUCAACAACUGCACUGACUUGCAGGCACGGUAGCCGGCGCCUACGUGGGCGCCCGUGAAGUGCGCCAACGAGUCGCUCAACAACUCGUUCGCGUGGCUCGCCGGCGGAUACAAGCCCGACAACAAAUGGGCGUUGGUGCCGGGGAACUGCACGGUAUCGAUGAUGCCGGUACUGGGCUACAAGGGGGCGGCCGGGGCGGACUACCAGCAGCUGAUCAAGGGUGGAUUUCUUCUUAAUUACACGGCCGGCGACUGCACGGUGUGCAUGGACAGCGGUGGACUUUGCCGGAUCAACACCACCUUCGAUAUCUUUGAGUGCCACUGCUCCGACGGCGUGUCCAACCUAAUCGUCUGCGGUGAUCAAUUUAUCUCCCCUGCAAAAGAAGUUUAUCAAUUCAUCUCGUUUUAACCUCAUUUUAAAUUACUACCUCAUAUAUAUGCCAGUAUACUAACCCAAACGAGUUUUAACUCAUAUACAACAGCCAUGCCAUGUAGUUAAAACCCACGUUCAAAAAAUAAUAUAAUUUAGUACUUCUACAUUGACUUACUGCUGAGUUCCGUAUGUGACCCGGUCACUAACCAUUUUAGUCCAUGAAACAUGAAUUAAUGAGCAGGGUUUUCUAUUUCAGCCCAAAUAUUUGUAUGUAGAACUUAAGACUAUUGCAAAAUUUAAUCCCAAGACAUAAUUACCUCUAACGACAGUUCAAUCCCAGCUUUAAAGAUAUUUUUUUGAAACAACGGUUUAAAGAAUUUUGAUUAUUUUUUGUGUGUAAAGACUUUGAAUUUCAUACUACAUGUAUAUUCAUAAGUUUAUAUGAUUCAGUCACUUAACCAGUUUAGUCAGCGAGGAUUCAUUGGAUAAUUACUAGUCCUCGAGAACAAAGACUAGAAUAAUGAUUAUUUGUCCGCAAUUUACUAUAACAUUCCAUCAAAUUUUGAUAAGCUUUGACUACAAUUUCCGGAAGUAACCACAGAAUUUAUUAAAAUUCAGUCAUUUGGCGAGGAGCAAAAUGUUUCUCUAUUUGAAAUUUUAAACCCUACCAAUUAAGUCUCACUCUUGUCAUUGUCAAAAUAUUGGUAAGAUUGACGAAAUAUCAUUCUUCCGCUCAUUUUCUUUUUUCUUCUCCUUUUUCCAAGUGAUUAUCUAGUUGGCAGUUUACAUUUCUCACCAAAAUCUCACUUGUUCCUUCUUUCUGUCCACCAAUUAUCUUGUGUUAGUCAUAGCGAGCUCACCAGGAUUAUAUGCAGAGCCGUCUUUGACGCAUGUUACCUGUCCACUAUGGAAUUCAAUGUCAACAUGCUUACCAUUUUCCUCUCCUCCAAAAUCCAUUGAAUCUUGUCAGGGUUUAGGGUUUACACGGGCAACAACAUGUGCGCGGGACAUCCAUAUUGUGUAUUCUUUCCGGCUCUGUGGCACGUACCUUCCCCAGUGUAGCUACCAUACCUCCCAGUUCACCCACGACAACACCGACAAGGCCUCCCUCUUGAUGAGAUCCUCAUCAUGCAUCUGGCGGAUGCAGAGGUCGGGGGUGAUCCUCCUUCUCAAAAAAAAAAUUCUCCUACCCAGCAAAUUCCUUCCGUGUCACCAACCUCUAGCUCUCUAGCAGUGUGUGCGACAUCGAGCUCCGCGUGGACACCUCCUCUGGUCUCGGCCUCGCAUCAGCGCUGCCAACCAAGAUAUCUUCUUCCUCUACAACUACGCCCUGCAUGCACGGCCGCCUCCAUUUACACGGGCACCCACGAACCAUGCCAGUGGAUCCAACACCAGUCACUCAAUAACUCAUUUGCACGGCUUGCCGGGCCAUACAAGCCUGGCGACAUUUGAAGGCCGGUACAGGAAACUGUACGUUGCCGAUGAUGCCAGUGCUGGGGUAUGAGGGGGCGGCUGAUGAAGUUAGGUUUCUUGUUGAGUGCAUGGCCUGCAGCUGCAAGGUGGGCAUAGAGAAUUUGCAAGAUCAAUAUUGCCGACGAUAUC